CACACACACACACACACACACACACACACACGUCAGCAUAAACCAGACAAACCAGUUAGACCAGUGUCAGUAAGAGUGAAAAUCAACAGCUCCAUUUUGUGUGGAGUGAAAACUAAAAGAUUUCAGGAGUAAAAACACAGGUUUAAUUUAACACACCGAUGUUGGAGUGAAGUAAACGUGUGUCCUGCUGUAAUCUGGAGAAGGAGACAUGACCUCCAACAUGAGUGUGUCUGGAAAACAGGACUUAAAGAAAGACGAGAGAAUGAUGGAGGGAAAGAGAUCAGACUCACCAGAACCCAGCUGUGUGUCCAUGAAGAGUGACUGGUCGAUGGGAAAACCAAUUAACUUCAGAGGCAGAGACAGUUCUACUGAUGUGAGACCACAAAAAUCAAACAUCAGCACAAAUCAGCUGGACUCUAUAUUCAAGGAGCUGGAACACAAAGUCAUCAAUCUGAUAAAGAAUGAGCUGAAGAGGUUUAGGAAGCUCCUGAGUCCAGAUUACCCAGCAUGCACUGAGAGGGAGGUGGAGGAUGAGGAGGAUCUGCACAGUGUCAGAGAUGGAGCACUGAAGAUCACACUGCACGUUCUGAAGAACAUGAACCACACAGAUCUCGCUAACACACUGCAUAACAAACUCGCCCCUGUGUAUCAGCCAAAGUUGAAGUCCAAUCUGAGAGAGAAGUUUAAAAGAAUUAAUGAAGGAAUCUCACAGCAUGGAAGCUCAGCACUUCUGAAUGAGAUCUACACUGAGCUCUACAUCACAGAGGGUUGGAGUGGAGACGUCAAUAAUGAACAUGAGGUGAGACAGAUUGAGGCAGCGUCCAGGAGACCAGCAACACAGGAGAAACCCAUCAAAUGUAAUGAGAUUUUUAAAGACAAGUCCAUCAGAACUGUGCUGACUAAAGGAGUUGCUGGAAUUGGAAAAACAGUCUCUGUGCAGAAGUUCAUUCUGGACUGGGCUGAAGGAAAAGUAAAUCAGGACGUCACCUUCAUGUUUCCACUUCCCUUUAGAGGGCUGAAUCUGAUGAAGCAGCAAAAUCUCAGUCUGAUGAAACUUCUUCAUCACUUUUUCCCUGAAAUAAGAAAACUGGGACCAAUAGACUGUGACUCCUACAAAGUGGUGUUGAUCUUUGAUGGUCUGGAUGAGUGUAGACUUCCUCUAAAUUUCCAGAAGAAUGAGAGAUUGUGUGAUGUAACAGAGUCGGCCUCAGUGGACGUGUUGCUGACGAACCUCAUCAAGGGGAAUCUGCUUCCCUCUGCUCUCCUCUGGAUAACCACAAGACCAGGAGCAGCCAAUCAGAUCCCUCCUGAGUGUGUAGACCAGGUAACAGAGGUACGAGGCUUCAGUGAUCCUCAGAAAGAGGAGUACUUCAGGAAGAGGAUCAGUGAUCAGAGCCUGGCCAAUAAAAUCAUCACUCACCUGAAGUCUUCAAGAAGCCUCUACAUCAUGUGCCACAUCCCAGUCUUCUGCUGGAUCUCAGCCACUGUUCUAGAGAGAAUGUUGGGUGAAGCAGAGAGUGGAGAGAUCCCCAAGACUCUGACUCAAAUGUACACACACUUCCUGAUCUUUCAGAUCAAACACAAGGACCAAAAGUACCAUCAGAAAUGUGACCCUGAUCCUCAGCAGACCAGAGAGAGUAUCAUGGCACUGGGAAAACUGGCUUUCCACCAGCUGGAGAAAGGAAACCUGAUCUUCUAUGAGGAAGACCUGAGAGAGUGUGGCAUUGAUGUCAGAGAAGUGUCAGUGUACUCAGGAGUGUGUACCCAGAUCUUCAGAGAGGAGUUUGGGCUUCACCUGGGGAAGGUGUUCAGCUUUGUACAUCUGAGUGUUCAGGAGUUUCUGGCUGCUUUAUACACAUUUCUCUCCUUCAUCAGCAGAAAUGUAACAGAACAUCAAACCUCUUACCUGUCUGAUCUUUUCAGGAAGUCAAACAUGUCUGAUCUCCUCAGGAGUUCAGUGGACAAGGCCUUAAAGAGUAAGAAUGGACACCUGGACCUGUUCCUCCGCUUCCUUCUGGGUCUCUCACUGGAGACCAAUCAAAGUCUUUUACGAGACUUAAUUCCACAGACAGGAAGCAGAUCUCACAGCAAACAGGAAACGGUGAAGUACAUCAAGAAGAAGAUCAGGAAGAAUCCAUCUCCAGAGAAAUCCAUCAAUCUGUUCCACUGUCUGAAUGAACUGAAUGAUCAUUCUCUAGUGCAGGAAGUACAAAGUUACCUGAACAGAGAAGGUGACAGUCGUCUCAGAGGAACCAAACUCUCUCCUGCUCAGUGGUCAGCUCUGGCGUUUGUGUUACUGAACUCAGAACAGGAUCUGGAUGUGUUUGAUUUGAGUAAAUAUGAUCCAUCAGAUGAAUGUCUUCUGAGGCUGCUGCCAGUGGUCAAAGCCUCCAGAAAAGCUGUUCUGUGUUUCUGUAAUCUGACAGAGGAAAGCUGUAGAGUUCUGUCCUCAGUUCUCAGCUCAAACUCCUCCAGUCUGAGAGAACUGAACCUGAGUAACAAUAAACUGCUGCAGGAUUCAGGAGUGAAGCUGCUCUCUGAUGGACUGAAGAAUCCACACUGUACACUGGAGAUACUGAGUCUGUGUGUGUGUAAUCUGACAGAGGAAAGCUGUAGAGUUCUGUCCUCAGUUCUCAGCUCAAACUCCUCCAGUCUGAGAGAACUGGACCUGAGUAACAAUGAACUGCAGGAUUCAGGAGUGAAGCUGCUCUCUGAUGGACUGAAGAAUCCACACUGUACACUGGAGAAACUGAGUCUGUGUGAGUGUGAUCUGACAGAGGAAAGCUGUAGAGUUCUGUCCUCAGUUCUCAGCUCAAACUCCUCCAGUCUGAGAGAACUGGACCUGAGUGACAAUAAACUGCAGGAUUCAGGAGUGAAGCUGCUCUCUGAUGGACUGAAGAAUCCACACUGUACACUGGAGAUACUGAGUCUGUGUCUCUGUAAUCUGACAGAGGAAAGCUGUAGAGUUCUGUCCUCAGUUCUCAGCUCAAACUCCUCCAGUCUGAGAGAACUGGACCUGAGUUACAAUAAACUGCAGGAUUCAGGAGUGAAGCUGCUCUCUGAUGGACUGAAGAAUCCACACUGUACACUGGAGAUACUCAGUCUGUGGAUGUGUGAUCUGACAGAGGAAAGCUGUAGAGUUCUGUCCUCAGUUCUCAGCUCAAACUCCUCCAGUCUGAGAAAACUGGACCUGAGAGACAAUAAACUGCAGGAUUCAGGAGAGAAGCUGCUCUCUGAUGGACUGAAGAAUCCACACUGUACACUGGAGAUACUGAGUCUGUGUGACUGUAAUCUGACAGAUGAAAGCUGUAGAGUUCUGUCCUCAGUUCUCAGCUCAAACUCCUCCAGUCUGAGAGAACUGGACCUGAGUGACAAUAAACUGAAGGAUUCAGGAGUGAAGCUGCUCUCUGAUGGACUGAAGAAUCCACACUGUACACUGGAGAUGCUGAGGAUAUGUGACUGCAGUAUUACAGAUGAAGGUUGUGCUGCUCUGGCUUCAGCUCUGAGGUCAAACUCCUCAUCACACCUGAGAGAACUGGAUCUGUACCAUAAUAAACCAGGAGAAUCAGGAGUGAAGCUGCUCUCUGAUCUACUGAAGGAUCCACACUGUAAACUGGAGACACUACACAUUAAUGAUGAUACACUCACCAGGUCUGGUGUAUGACAGGAGUCUCUCCUCAGACCUUUUUUCCAGGAUAAAUCAGUUAUGGAGGUGAAGCGUUAGAACACGUCCCACAUUUCCAGCAGUUUGGGAGCUGAAUCAUUCAUAUUCAGAUGUAGAAGAUCCAUAACAAUAACUGUGACUGAUCACAUCCUUUUAUCCUCUCAGCUACAACUUCACACUUUAACAUCUUUUACAAUCCAAAGUCAAAUCCUUCAGCAUCUACACACAACACAGAGAUAUCAUCACAUCAUCACACUGAUUACACAAAUACACAUCCAUGUGUUACAGAUGUUUAGAGAUUAUUUUUACCUCUUUAAUUGGAUCUCAAAUUUGUUUCUCCACAGAUGAUUGACUCACAGUUGUGAUCUUGAUUUAUUUAUUUUUAUUUAUUAUUCUUUUCAAACCCUUUUCACCAAACACUUUUAAAAUCUUUAUUAAAAUUCCUUUAAACAUUAAAGGAAUCUUCUUUUUUGUGUAGUUGAUCUAUUUUUCUAUAUUUCAAUUUCUUCUUUCUUAAUUUCCUCAUGACAUUUUUUAUCUUGGUUGCAUCUUGUUUUUAUAUAAUUUAACUUUUUUUCCUCUUUCCACCAUAUAUUUUGCUUUAUUUCUUCAUUUUGCCCCCUCGAGUUCUUUCUCCUCCCUUUUUUAUAUUUUUGUUCUCUUUGGCCAAUUCAUUCUCUAAUUUUUUAAAAUGUACUUUUACUUGUUAUUUCUCCUUUCUUUCUUUCUUUCUUUCUUUCUUAUUCUUUCUCUUUCUUUCUUUCUCCCAUUCUACAAUAUUUAAUUAAAAAUCUAACAUUAUCUUCCUCAUUCAUUUCAUUUCCUUUUUCUAUAAUUUCUCUAAUCUUAAAAUCAUAGUUGUUUUUCUUUAAACUUUCUGUAUUUAGAAUCCAUACACUUUGUCCCCUUUCUACAUUAUUCCAGGCUUAAAAAAUAAAAACUCAUGAUACUCAAACUUGUUUCCUUAUAUCUGAUUUUGUCUGUAAAGUUUUCUACAUUUCUUGUACAUAAAAUAAAGUCAAUCGUUGUCCUGCAA